CACAUUACAGCGAAUACACAAUAUAACGAAAUGAGAUGUGGAGUUAAACACAUCCCCAGAAAGAAUUCAUUAAAUGUGGAAAAGAAUAUUGGAAAUUUAUGUGUGCAUGUGAUUUUGGACAUCUGCAUCUAUCGAAUGACUAGGAUUUAAUUAAAUUUUUAUUUAAUUCAGAUCCACUUUUGACGAUAUUGAAUACAUAUCCAUUUUAUCAGCAGACGAUAUUAUUGAGAUGUCCUGUCCUACUCAAGCCUUACCCGACACCUUUCCACACGAUUUGUCCGAAUCGGAAAUUUCGUUCUACGCAAACGAUAACAUGGAAUUGAAAAGCGAACCAGUCAGCGAGCCAACCACUCCACAAGAAUCGAUUCCGACCACUGUAAGCCGCAUCUCAUUCUCCGACAUCAUUUAUAAACAAGAUACAACAACAUGCUCAGACAACAUCGAGAUGUUAAGCUGGACACAAAAACACCCACAGAACUGGAGUACACUAGAAGUUCUGGACUGGUUGUACUACGUUGCGGAGGCCAAAAAUCUCGACGUUGCAAAAUUACGGGGAGAACAGUUCAAUUCUGUGACUGGAAAAGAACUCUGUGAAAUGACUCUUAGCCAAUUCAUUGAACGCGACCCAGAAUAUGGACAACAAUUUUAUGAAAUGUUCAGAAGAUUGGUGAAUGAAGCUCAGUUCAUCACACCCCAGCAGAGUGAGGCUAACCUAGAAACAUCCACCCAGUUCGCCGACCUUGUCAACGCUCUUCUUUCCACCUCCUCCUCGGAAGAUUGCAUGGACACUGAUGAGACAAGCAGAAUGUUGGACAACAAUAUUGUUACUGUGUACGACGACACUGAAGGUACUCCCAAAGUCAAUAUUGGUGGUGAAUGGUAUGAUAUUUACGAUGACCCGUCAUUAUUUCCGUCCGAUACGACACCUUGUCCCAACUGGACUGAUUCAGGCUACAUUAGUGGAGAUUCAGAAAUAGGAAGUGAUCAUGGUCAAAAUGAUAUGUCCCUGAGUAGUGUAUUCUCAGACGAAGAAAUGGUUGAAGUUGCUCCGUCCAAAAAGAAACCUGUGAACAGGAAAAGGAAUUCCUCCAGUGUCUCAAAUGACAGCGGCAUCGUUGAACAUGAGCAAGAGGGCGAAAGAAAGAAAUGCAACCGAGGAAGGAAAGUUGGCCAAUCUUCAAAAGGAAAUCAUUUAUGGGAAUUCAUCAGAGAUUUACUGAAAGAUUCCGCCUUCAACCCAACUCUUCUGCGCUGGGAGGAUAAAGAAACCGGCGUCUUCCGCUUUGUUCAAUCUGAGGCUGUUGCACAAAUGUGGGGUCGCAAGAAGAACAACACGAGCAUGACGUAUGAGAAGCUGAGUCGCGCAAUGAGGUACUACUACAAGCGUGGGAUCCUUGAUCGUGUUGACGGCAGACGCUUGGUCUACAAGUUUGGACCCAACUCUCAUGGUUGGAAAGAUUGAAUACCAAUGGUUGGCGCGAAAACCGGCAAGAGACACGCCCACUGUCUACACCAGACAAGCGCACUCUCCGAUUCAGUGACGAAGUUGCGUCAUGUAAAGGUGCAUAACCUGACAAUCCACUGUGCAAAACAACAGCCUGGAAAAAAUACUUACAGACAAAGUUGACAUGGUUUCCAAAGUUAUUGUUGUGAAUGUGUUCAUCUUAAAAACGUGUAUUCACAUCAUUAACCAUGCAAUACAUUCAUUGUACAGUUAGUUUAAUAUCGACUCAUGUUAGCCAAAAAUAUCACACACGAUGCUAUUCCCCAAAGGCAGCUAUGGAAGAAAGUUUUAAUUUGAACUUGUGUAAUGAGAGAAAGGUAUACUUUUGUCAGAUUCCCUCUCUGAGACAAGUUUCUGUGUGUGUUACUAAUGAUCUCUUUAAGUACUACGACAUCUUGAGGAAAAUCCAGAAACACUGAGGAGCCCCUAUGAUACAGCUUGAAGGCGAGUCAAUGAGCUCGUUUGAUAUCCAUACAGAAAAGUCCCACCUCGUGCUACAGCUUGGAAUUGAAUUAAUUUAUUGUGUAAUUUAUUUAUUUGAUUUGAAAAUUUAUGUAUUGAUUGUUGAAAUCUAUUUUUGUACAUUUGUAUUAAAAGUGACAAAUCACAAA